AUGUCUAUCUGAGCACUCCCCAUCCAGGGCCAAUAAUCUCACAUCGCAGUGACCAAAUAUAGUCAGACACGUGUCCCCAUGCCAACACUACAAUCCCCAUUCCAUAGCACGACCUCUCUGCCUCUCUGGCUUUCCUGCUGUUCUUCCUUCCCCUACCGCCAUUAAUAUUUAAGCAGAAACUGAAACGACUUUCUAACCUACAAAUGCCAUUUUCAUGUAAUGUAAGUACAUCAUAAUGAAAGGAAACAAGAAUAUGGCAUCCAUGGGUUCUUCAGGAUUCCUGAUCAUCCCAUGGCUUCUGCUUGCGGAAUCCGCUGCUCUGUUUUCCGCCGGAGUGUCUUCCGGCAAGAGUACUCCGGCGGUUUUUGUGUUCGGUGACUCGAUUCUGGACACGGGCAACAACAAUUACCUACCUACUUUGUCCAAGUGCAAUUUCCCACCGUACGGCAGGAAUUUUCCAGGCGGGAAACCCACAGGAAGGUUCACUGACGGGAAAGUCAUUUCCGACCUUAUAGCUGGAGAUUUGGGGAUUAAAGAUCUUCUGCCGCCAUAUCUUGAUCCGAAUCUCGGAGCUCAAGACCUAUCGACUGGAGUGGCUUUUGCUUCAGGUGGAUGUGGGUUUGAUCCUGAAACGAUAAAGACUCUGUCGGCUCUAUCAGUCCCAGAGCAACUCAAGCUCUUCCAAGAGUACAAGGGCAAGUUAAAAGGUCUGGCAGGAGAGCAGCGAUCAAACGUCAUUGUAAAUCAGAGCCUGUAUUUGAUCUCAUCGGGCAACAACGAUAUCGGACUUACCUAUUUCCUGACCAACAGGCAUCUCGAGUACGACAUGACUUCUUAUGCUUCAUUUCUUGUGACCCAAGCUUCUGAAUCCAUAGUUGAACUGUACAAACUCGGUGCUCGUAAGAUUGGCGUGUUUAGCACAUUAGUGUCCGGAUGUGUGCCGGAAGGAAGAACAGUAGGAGGAGGAGAAGAAAGGAAAUGUGCUGAGAAUUUCAACGAGCUAGCAAAGAUAUAUAAUGGGAAGCUUAGCUUUGAGAUGGACUAUCUGAACAAACAACUUCCUGGUGUGAAGAUGGUGUUUGUGGACUUGUUCAGCCCUUUGCUUGGCAUUAUAAAGGAUCCUGAAACAUAUGGGUUUGCAGUAACAAAGGAAGGGUGCUGCGGGACAGGGUAUAUAGAGGCAGCAGUUCUUUGCAACCAACUGAGUCCCUUUACUUGUGCUAACACUUCAGAGUACAUCUUUUGGGAUAGUGUUCAUCCCACAGAGAAGGCCAAUAGAAUCUUAGUGUCCAAAGUUAGAGAUUAUAUAACCGGAGUCGAUUCCGGAGAAAGCAAUCCGGCGGCGGUUUAUGUGUUCGGGGACUCGAUUAUGGACACGGGGAACAACGAUUACAUCCUGACUCGCGCCAGGUGUGAUUACCCGCCGUACGGUAGGAAUUUCCCCGGCGGGAAACCCACGGGGAGGUUCUCUGAUGGGAAAAUCAUCCCCGACCUGAUAGUUGAAAAUUUGGGGAUUAAAGAUCUUUUGUCGCCGUAUCUUGAUCCCAAUCUUGGACCUGAAGAUCUUAUCACCGGCGUGGCUUUUGCUUCUGGCGGCUGUGGGUUUGAUCCCGAAACGAUAAGGUCAAUGAUGGCACUAUCAAUUCCAACACAACUCAUACUCUUCCAGGAAUACAAGGACAAGUUAAAAGCUAACGUAGGAGAACAAAGAUCAGACGACAUCAUCAAUCGAAGCCUCUACUUACUUUCAUCGGGAAACAACGACAUAGGAUCUACUUAUUUCCUCACCAACAGGCACCUCGAGUACGACAUGACUUCAUAUGCCGCGUUUCUUGCGACCCAAGCUUCGGAAUCUCUGGUCGAACUGUACAAGUUGGGGGCUCGUAAAAUCGGUGUGUUCAGCACAUUAGUGCCCGGGUGUGUGCCACAAGGAAGAACCGUAGGAGGAGGAGGAAGGGAAAGGGAAUGUGCUGAGGAUUUCAAUGAGCUUGCAAGGUUAUACAAUGGGAAGCUUAUAUCUGAAAUUGAGUAUCUCAACGACCAUCUUCCUGGCUUGAAGAUAGUGUUUGUGGAUCUGUAUGGUCCUUUGCUUGGUAUUAUACAGGACCCCCAAAGAUAUGGGUUUGUUGAUGUGAAGGACGGGUGCUGUGGGACAGGGGAGCUAGAGUUUGCGGUUCUUUGCAACCAAUUGAGCUCCACGUGUAUCAAUGCUUCAAAUUACAUAUUUUGGGAUAGUGUUCAUCUCACAGAGAAGGCCUAUAAAAUCUUGACAUCCGAAAUAAUGAAAGAUAUAAAUAAACUUCAAAAUGAAAUAAAAUGCUAA